AUAUAUAUAUAUAUAUAUAUAUAUAUAUAUAUAUGUGAUAUUAUAUUCAUAUAUAUAUAUAUAUAUGUAUUGGAAGCGAUGAAUAUGAAUCAACAAAACGCGAGUGACCUAGAGCUAGAUCUCAAGUUGAAUUUUUUGCCACCAUUGACACAACUGGAUUCGUCUUCUUCCUCGGCCGAGAGCUCAUCAUCGUCGUAUGGAUUAUCGGAGGCUGAGGAAGACGGCCGAAAGGCCAAAUCAAUGGUGGUGGUGGGUUGCCCUAAUUGCAUGAUGUACAUCAUCAUGUCAUUAGAAGGCAAACCAAGAUGUCCAAGGUGCAACAACAAAGUGUUAAUUGAUUUUGUUGGAGAAAACAAUGUCCAGAAGAACAUGAUCAAGAAGAGAUCGAAGAACGUUUAAACCCUAACUUGGUUUUUUAUCUCUUUUUGUUUUUAACACAGUAUGUAUAUUGUCCAUGGAUUUAUGUUUUAAAUCAUUUUCCAUCAUAUGCAAACAUGCAUUGGUAUCGUUUAGCUAUAUUUUGUUGACUAUGUAUAACGAAAUACCCAAAAUUAGAUGUCCAUUUGGAAUUA